AUAAGUAGUGCCUCCUACUAUGCCACAGUGACCCUGGAUCAGGUUCGGCAUAUACUCCGUUCUGACACAGACGUUUCCAUGCCUUUGACAGAAGAGAGGCAUCGGAUUCUCAACGAAACAGGGAAAAUUCUGUUGGAGAAGUUUGGGGGCUCUUUUCUUAAUUGCGUCCGAAAAAGUGAAAAAAGUGCGCAGAAGUUAAUCCACCUGGUCGUGGAAAGUUUUCCUUCUUACAGACAUGUGACUCAGUUUGAGGGGAAAAGAAUUUCUUUUUACAAACGAGCCCAAAUCCUUGUGGCAGACACGUGGAGCUUAGAACGGAAAGGGGAUGGCUGCUUUAAGGACAUCUCCAGUAUUACCAUGUUUACUGACUAUGGAUUACCUCAGGUUCUUGUUUACCUUGGAGCCCUAAAAUACUCUGAUGAACUACUGAAGAAGCUUUUCAAAGGAGAAAUGCUCUCAUAUCGGGAUAAGCAAGAGGUGGAAAUAAGAGGGUGCUCACCUUGGUGUGUUGAGCUGAUCCGUGAUUGUCUUCUAGAGCUUAUUGGAAAAAAGGGUAAAAAGUCUAAUGGAGAGAUCAAUUCCAUUCUUCUGGAUUAUUACUUAUGGGACUAUGCCCAUGACCAUAGGGAAGAGAGGAAAGGAAUUUCAUUUCCUCACACACAUUGCAUAUACUAUUGA